CCGGAUGUGAACUAACUCGUGCAUUUGGACGCCAUCUCUAAAGUCCUCCUUUAUUAUUGAAAAGGGUGUAUUUUUUAUUUUUGUUUGUUUUAGAUGAAUUAUCUUCACAUCUCCAAGUAGAUGUGAUACAGAAAAACAUGUAAGAAAGAGAUUGCUAGGUUUAACUUAGUGACAGUUCAUGAUAUUAUCGUUAUUAAUAAAAGGGUCCACGAGAAAUAUAUAUAUAUAUUUUAAUACCUCACGAAUCGUCAGCUUUCGCUUGCACUUGCAGGCAAAGAACAUCCAAAGUUGCAUUGAUUGCUCCAUAUGUCCGAAGACUCCAGCAGUGAUGGAGAUUGGUGUGAAUCCACAAAACCCCAGGGGGAUGUCCAGCAUCCAGAGUCCAAAUGUUGGGAGUGUGGCAAAACGAUCCACGACUUAAACAGCCUGAUGCUGCAUUAUAAAAGCCACAACAUCGAAGCCACUUGCCACAUCUGCGAAAUUACCUUCCGUCGCCUGACAUCUCUCUCAAUCCACCUGGAGAACGCUCACUUUCCCCCCUUCUGCUUCCUGUGUCGCCAGUCUUUUGAAAACGUCUGGGUUCUUAACAAGCACGCCAAGACGCUCUGCAAAAGCUCCUUGUCAGUUCAAAACAGUUCCUUGUGUGCCAGGCCGAACAGCUUUCCCGAUCAGGCGACUGAGCAGAGAAGCAUGAUCUCAACUCAUCAUAGCACAGAGCACAGUUUGAGCUCCGUACAARAAGCGGCGGUGAAACAGAGAAAGCCUCCGUCUGAAAACGGAAUGAAAGAAAAAGUGGGCAAAAGACGUCUAGGACUUGGUGAGAAAAGUAAUACAAAGAAAGAAGGCCCCCCAUCAAGCUCCAAACCUGACAAUUCUAAGGGCGAUGCUGACCGUUCUGACUCGGUCCCCACCGAGACCACUGGAACAUGUUCUCUGUGCGAUAGGGGGCCGUUCAGGUCUUUGAAGCAACACUGGCGCUACUGCACCGGCGUCAAGCAGAAAUAUCCGUGUGUCAUAUGCAAGAAGAUCCUUCCUUCGAAGACUGAUCUGCGAGUGCACCACAUGCCGUUGCAUUUGUGUCACAGCUGCGGCCAGGUUUUCCCCAGCCAGGCGGCGUACUCCCGCCACCAGUGUCGCAACGCCGGCAAAUCCACUUUGGUGCUCUUCUGUGCCGAGUCGAUGCCGAAAGUGUGCAACAUCUGCAAGUGUUUUUUCAUCUCGGAAAAGACGCUGUCGAUCCACGUCACCAAAGUUCACACGUCGGUAGUCACCACCAAAAUCUGCAUCGCCACGAAUCCAUCACUGUUGGCUAAUAAAAGGGAAGAAGCGGUUCCGCCGAGCGCACCGAAGCCGGCUGUUAACGGAGGCGUUGGCAUAAACAAAACUCAAGAAGCAUCUCUGCCCAACGUCAUGCGCUCAAACCUGUCCUCUCUCCUUGCCGCUUCGCUCUCAAGCAUGCCUCCCGCAGCGGGGUCGACCUCCUCUCUCGUGCACCAAAUCGCAAACCAAAUUUUCGCCCCUUCGUUUUCCAGCACUUCCGACUCGCCGCCGCAGCGCACGGGCUCCGAGCACGGCUACUCCACAAGCAUCUCGCCGUUGGACAGCAAGAGCCAACAGCCAGCUUUAAAGAAGCAGGCGAAGUCAAGCCAGCGCUCCAAGCCCCACCACCCCUGCAGGCAGUGCGGCGCCAUCCUCCGCCAGCCGUCCUCCGUCAUCACCCAUCGCUACCUCCACCGAGGCCGGCGCUUACACCGGUGUCAGUGCGGGCGGGCCUUCAAGCACCGGCUGCACCUGCUGCGACACUGCAUUCGGCACGCAGAGGCCUCCAACUACAUCUGCGCCACCUGCGGGAAGACUUUCAUCGGCGCGAAACUCUUGGCGCAGCACGUAAUGGGAAACCCGUGGAAAAAGGCCCGCUCUGGAAGCGAAUUCAAGGCUCCAGAGAAGAACAAAUGCAGCAUGCCCUUUUUAUGUGACUGCGGGCAGCUGUUUCUAAGGCCUUCUGCUUACAUAUGGCACCAACUUCAAAACUGGACCAAAAACAAAGAGUUGAAGUAGUUCAGGACCUCAGACAUUUUUCUCUGUAACACAACUGAAUAUGAAAACAACUGCACACAUUUUGUGGUAAUCACUUUUCUUUAAUUCAUGUUUAGAAAUGACGAAUCAUAACAAACAACUAAACCUWAUUUAUUCUUAACUGCUUUAAAAUGAAAUCAUGUUGUGGUUGGGUGGUUAACAUGGUUUUUAAUGUGCAAAAUGACACAAACUAUUAGUUCUGAGUCAUUUCCUCUGCAGAGCGUUUGACAUUAAAMGUACAAAUGAACCCACAGGAAACCUUUUUUUCCAGUACUUCAUUAAAACAUAACAAUCCAGUUUACCCUUUAUUAAAAGGUCAUCCAGUUUUGCAGUUGUUCACUCAAAGUGCAUUUUUAUUAAGGUUUUUUUUAUAUAGUUUUUUUUUGUCAAAUUUUGUUCUUUAAGACAUAUAGGUAGUUCUUGUUGGAAGCAAAAUAGUUAAUUUUCUUUAAAUGGGUCUGCAGUUAUUUUUAAACAGUGUAUGUUUUGUCCACUAGAUGGCGCAGCUGAGUCAUACAUUUAUCUGAGGCUCAACAGGUGGAAACGUCUACAUACAAUUUGACAACUACAACCCAAUAUGUAAAGUUUUUUUUUUUUUAGUUUUGAACCAUUUGUUUAAAAAAAUAAACAUUUCUUUAUUUAACACRUGCAA